UAUAUACAACCACCAUUCUACGAGCAUCUAAAGUCUUCAACCAUAUUUAUAAUUUAAUGUGUGGGAAUUGCACUAAUUACCGUAUAUUAUAUAUAAAGUAAUAAAUAUGGUUAGAUUAUACAAUACUAACUACAGGAGGAGGAGGAGAUUCCAACGCUUCUUUCUUUUUAUUCUUUUCUUUUUAUUAAUUAAUUUCUACUAAAUUUUAUUAUUUGAUUUCCAUUUACACCUUUUUUUGGUUCUAUAAAUUGGCCCCUCAACGCCAUUCCCAACCUCUUCCUUUGCUUCCUCUCUUUCUCUCUCUAAUUCUAAUAGAUUAUUAUUAUUAUUAUUAUUAUUAUUAUUAUUAUUAUUAUUAUUAUUAUUAUUAUUAUUAUUAUAUAGCUAUCUAGCAUAUCUGGGUGUUAAUCAAAUCACCAUCAUCAUCAUCAUCAUCAUCAUCAUCAUCAUCAUCAUCUGGGUUUAUGAUUAUUUUUCCUUUUGGAGGUGGUGGGUUUUGUUUUAUUAAAAUAAUUAUCUCUAGAUGUAUCGUUCAAUCUUUGUUGUUGUUAAUGUUUGAAAUUGAUGUCUCCAGUUCUCAGUGAAAUCCUUCGUUCCGGGUUUAUGAUAAAUUCCUCACUCAGGCGCAGGACCCAUUUAGUUCAAUCUUUUUCAGUCGUCUUCCUCUACUGGUUUUAUGUUUUCUCAUAAACUACUUCUCAAUCCUCACCACCAUUAAUAAUUAAUUACAACUACUAUAGUAAUAGUAUUACCACUUAAUUAUCUUCUUUCUUUUUUUUUUUUAGUAUCUGGGUCCUGCGUCUUUAAUUUAAAGCACCUAAUUAUUAUACUGUUAAUAUAUAUUUAUAUAUAUAUAUAUGGGUUCGUCGAGUGGAAACUCGUCCCAGGGGUCAGAGGAAGAUUUGAAGGUUUUAAAAGAUGAUGAUGGAGAGGAGAUGAGGAAAAGGAAACGAAUGGAAUCGAAUCGGGAAUCGGCGAGGCGUUCACGGCAGCGAAAGCAGAAACAAUUGGAGGAGUUAAUGGGUGAAGUGGGUAAGCUUCGAAAGGAAAACAACCAAAUCAUGACAACCAUAAGCAUCACCACCCAACACUUGAUGACCAUCGACGCCCACAACUCAGUCUUGCGAGCCCAAAUGGUGGAACUCAACCACACCCUCCACUCCCUAAACGACAUCAUAAACCACAUCAAUAAUAAUAAUAAUAAUAAUAAUAGUAACAGUAGCAACAGUCACAGUAAUAAUAAUAGUCUUCUUCAUGAUCAAACCACGAAUGAAUUGUAUGAAUGUGAUCCUCAUCAUAGUUUUAUGAUGGACCAAAUGAAUAUGCUGCUUCGUCUUAACCAUCCCAUGCUGGUGGCGGCCACUACUCCUGAUAUGUUGUUUUAUUAAAGUAAUUAUUAUUCUUAACAAAUUUGGCUAGCCUCCAUCCACAGACACACAUCCAUAUGGCUCAGUUUUCUUCUGGUCUUGUGGUUAUUUUAUUGAGCUAUGUUUAGAGUAUGAUGUUAUAGAUAUUCCAUUAGCACAGGUAAUAUUUGGAGAAGGAAAAUUAAAAAAGAAUUCUCAAUAUAUAUAAUAGGACCCCAAUAAUAAAUGGGUCCUAAGUUAUGUAAAGGUAAUUAUGGAUUUAAGUGGUGUGAAAGACUAUAUUUUAUUUAUUAAGUACAAAAA